AUGAAGAAAGUGCUUUCACCCAAGAUUUCCACCGUUUCCACCAAUUCCACCAUUUCCACCAUUUCCACCAUUUCCACCAUUUCCACACUUUCCAGCCCCUCGGGAUGCCGAUCGGGUCCAGUCUUCUGCAGCCAACAACAAUGGCUGAACUUGCGUUUCUUUCGAUGUGGGCAGUCCGUCAGGUCCCUUUAGGCCCCAGCCGCUCCACUCUCAUCCCCCGGGGACGAUGGGUCCGGUCGGUCCCCUCUGUUCUCUUCAGCACGGUUAACUAAUCACCCACCCCUCCUCUCUCAUAACCGAGCGCUCGUAGGUAUUAUUUUUCGUGGGUACGUCAUUGGAUUCAUUCCGGUUUUGCGUCGCCACGGGCCGUCCUCCCUCAGCGUGGGAAAGAUAUUUCACUGAGCCCAUCGCCGGGCUGAACUGCCUUCAAUCAUACAUCACCCUUCCGUCAAACCACUUGGCAUCUCACUCAAGCCCAGUAUGUCGCCCACAACCAGAAAAAUUGUCUGCUUUUCAGACUUCGAUGGCACCAUCUUCAUGCAGGACACGGGUCAUGUCCUGUUCGAUAACCUAGGCUGCGGCGAAGAGCGCCGCCGGCUGCUCGACGAACAGAUCAAGUCGGGCGAGCGCUCAUUUCGAGACGUCUCGGAGGAGAUGUGGGGCUCACUCCGAGUCCCUUUCGAAGAUGGUUUCAAGAUCAUGGAGAAGGAGCUAGAGAUCGACCCCGGCUUCCAGGAAUUCCACCAAUUCUGCGUGGCCAACGACAUUGAUUUUAACGUUAUCAGUGCGGGGCUCAAGCCAAUCCUCCGCAAAGUGCUGGACACUUUCCUUGGAGAGCAUGAGGCCUCCCGUAUCCAGAUUGUCGCCAAUGACGCGGACAUCAGAUCCGACGGGUCCGAAUGGAAGCCCAUAUGGCGGCACGACACCGAGCUUGGCCAUGACAAGGCGCUAUCCGUCAAAGAGGGCCGCGCUCUCGCGGCGGAGAGUGCCUUGGAUGGGGAAAUCCCACUCAUCAUUUUCAUCGGAGAUGGCGUCUCUGACCUUCCGGCUGCGCGGGAAGCAGACGUGCUGUUUGCCCGGAGGGGUUUACGCCUGGAAGAAUACUGCAUCGAGAACAAGAUCCCCUAUAUCGGUUUCGAUUCGUUUGCGGAUGUAAAGAGAGAAGUCGAAGCCAUCAUGAAGGAAGAUCAGCAGAAAACUGGCGGCGUGGGCAAACCCGCCCGGUUCAACCCUCGCGCAAACAUGUGGCGGCGCAUCUCCAGCAAGCAAGCUAUUCCACAGUUUGUUGCGGCAACUCCCUCGAGGGAGGACAAGAUGUUCCUCUGGCCCGAGAGCUUCUCGGAAUACCACCCGACGAGCCAGAUGAACAAUGUUCCCGCAUAGAGUUAUUCUUGUCUGUUGAUAAGUCACUUACCCACUUCGCAGGCGUUUGGUGUAGUGAGCUGGAUACCGGAUAUAAAGUAGAUUUAGAUGAUUAAACGUAAUACAAAUGAAAGUUCUC